AUGACCUCCAAACCCAUCAUCCUCGUCACCGGCGGCAACCAGGGCCUCGGCCACGAAACGCUCAAAGUGCUCGCGCAAAAGAAAGCAUACCACCUGGUCGUUGCCGCCCGAUCCCAAGAAAAGGCCGACGAGGCUGUUCGUGUGAUUGCGGCCGCUAGCGGGGGCAAUGUGACAGAAGACUUUACGCCUGUGGUCAUUGACCUGACCAGCGACGAGACAAUCCAGGCCGCGGCCACCCUCGUGAAGCAGAAAUUCGGGCGGCUCGAUAUCCUGGUCAACAACGCCGGCAUCGCCCGAUCGCCCCGCGGGGACAACGUCACCCUGCGCCAGGAUCUGCGCGAUGUUUUUGAAACAAACGUCUUUGGCGUCGCGGUCAUGAAUGAGACAUUCUUGCCCCUACUGCGCGCUUCUACGUUCCCACAGCGCCGCAUCGUCACCGUCACCAGUGGCCUCGGCAUGUUUGGCGUUGCUCUCAAAGAAUCCUCCCCAUACAACGCCUGGAACUAUAGAUUCCCCGUCUAUCGAAGCAGUAAGUCGGCCGUCAAUAUGAUCUCCGCCGUGGACAUGAUCGCCCUCCGUGACGAAAACAUUUCCACGGUCCUGGUGGAGCCGGGAUACUGCCGCACGGCAUUUGGCAAUUACCACGGCCACAAGGAUGCAGAUGCUGGUGGGAGGGUGAUUGCACGUGCGGCCGUAGAAGGGGAUAACAAGGAUUUGUUCUUGAAGAUCGUCGAUGACGAAGGGAAGCAUGAGGAGUUUGGUUGGUAG